AUGCCUGCCCGGCCGGUGUCGCAUAUCCUUCGCUCGCGUUGCCUGCUCCGCAAGCCGCAAAACGUCCAAGGCUUCUCUACUCGCAGCAACCUCCGUGGUGGCGCCGACCAUGGUGACCACUAUGACCCCCCGACUGGCUGGCUGUUCGGUGUGAAGCCCGGCCACAAGUACGAGAAGGAGGGAUGGGAGAACAUCUGGUACUACGGAUUUAUCGGUAGCUUCCUGGUUGCCGGUGUCGCAUAUGUUUUCAAGCCUGAUACCUCCAUACAAACCUGGGCUCUUGAGGAGGCUCGUCGACGACUGGAGGCUGAGGGUAUCCUAGAGGAGCCCAAGAAAUGA